GACAAAAAAUGGGAACCCACCAGCAGUGUGAGGAGACCUGAAAGUGGCACAUGGCAGAGUGUGGCGAUGGAGACAGCAGCAAUGGGAGGCCGUUCAGGGACCCAUGAGAGACUCUGGACUUGGCAGCAGCAUGAGGAGGGUCGUUACAGGGGCCCAUGCAUAUUACGGGCCUGGCAGCAGCAAUGGAGGCCCGUAAUCUGUCAGCACGUCCUAUGACAAAAUGGAACACACCAGCAGUGUGAGGAACCUGAAUAGUGGCACAUGGCCAGAGUUUGUGGCGAUGGAGACAGCAGCAAUGGAGCCGUACCGGGACCCAUGAGAGACUCUGGGCCUGGCAGCAGCAUGAUU